UUAGUCUUCAGAGCUACAGCGAAGAAGCAGACGUUCCAAGGCGCUUUGGCAUACUUUCAGCCUUCCUUCAACGUGCAAAGGCAUUCGAAAGAGAUAGGAUCUGUUUGCAGGUGAAGCAUUUUGCAAGGAAGUUGUUCAGUAAUUGAUCAGGUAGCUGACUUUAUUUAGUUGGUUGGUGCGGGUCCCUUUCCUCAAUCUGUUCGAACUUCGCUCAAGAAUUGCUACAACACGAUUCGAGAAUAGAGUUAGCGAUUGAAAAGUUGCCUUCCAUUAGGAGCCCGUGUUGCGAAAUCAAAGUUGGCGCAAUGAUAAACUAAGGGUUGAGCACGGGUAACCAAUGGAAGCCACCGCGGCGGCCGCAAGGCUCCCGUUCGCUCAGAUACGGGGUGCCGCUUUCCUUCAAUCCGCACCAAAAGUGCAGGCAUGCAUUAAACACUCACUGACGUCUCCCAUUCUGUCCUUAGAUCCAAGCCCAGCGGCUACCAGCAACCGAACAGUCUGCAGAUCUCAAGUAAAGCAAUGGGCCACUAUCCCUGAACAGAAAAGUCCGUACUCAAGCGUCCCCGAAGUUUUGAGGCAGGGAUCCUUCCCAAAUCGUGCGCUCGCACCCACCUUGCGGCAGAAAAGCCGGACCCGGGCUGCUUCGGAGACUGCAAGCACAUCUCUUCCGACAGAGAAUGGCAGGCCGUCUCCUGUUGCGUCGUUGCAAGGCCCCUCCGAACCAUACUUCCCCAACAAUGAAGCCAACAUCAAAGUCAUUGGUGUGGGCGGGGGUGGAUCAAACGCCGUCAACCGGAUGGUCCAAUCCGAGAUGACCGGCGUCGAGUUUUGGAUCGUGAACACGGACGCUCAAGCGAUGGCAAACUCCCCUGUGGAGCCCUCGCACCGGUUACAGAUUGGUCAGGUGUUAACCCGGGGGUUAGGGGCGGGGGGUAACCCAGAUAUCGGUCAGCAGGCAGCGGAAGAGAGCAAGGCGCUAUUGGAGGAGGCGGUCAGGGGGGCAGACAUGGUCUUUGUGACGGCCGGCAUGGGUGGCGGCACGGGCAGUGGCGCAGCUCCGAUCGUGGCACGCGUCGCCAAGGACCUCGGCGUGCUGACCGUCGGCAUCGUGACGACCCCAUUCUCGUUCGAGGGCCGGCGUCGGUCCAACCAGGCGGCCGAAGGCAUCACGGCUCUGCGGGGGGCGGUGGAUACGCUGAUCACGAUCCCGAACGACAAGCUGCUGACGGCGGUCUCGCAGAGCACGCCCGUGACCGAGGCGUUCAACCUGGCGGACGACAUCCUGAGGCAGGGGGUGCGGGGCAUCAGUGACAUCAUCACGGUGCCGGGGCUGGUCAACGUGGACUUCGCUGACGUCAGAGCGAUCAUGCAAGACGCGGGCUCGUCGCUCAUGGGCAUCGGCAUCGGGACGGGCAAGUCUCGAGCGCGGGACGCCGCCGUCAGUGCGAUCCAGUCUCCGCUUCUGGACAUCGGAAUCGAGAGAGCGACGGGCAUUGUGUGGAACAUCACAGGGGGAAAGGACAUGACGCUGUUCGAGGUGAACCAAGCGGCGGAGGUCAUUUAUGAGUUGGUGGACCCGAACGCAAACCUCAUCUUUGGUGCAGUGGUCGAUGAGAACAUGGCAGGCGCAUUGAGCAUCACGUUGAUCGCAACCGGUUUCCGUUCGCCGGAGGAGGCAGGGUUGGCGCAGCGCGGGCAGGUACUCCCAGGGGUGCGGCCGAGCGUGGUCCCCCCCUCUCUGGGCUCGAGCAGCGCAGGAGGGCCCCCCGUGCCGGAGUUUCUGAAAAAGGCCGGGGUCAAGAAGAAACCGUGGCCGUUCUAGUUGCUUCGGUCUCGUGGCCGUCUGGUCGAGGAAGAGUGCGAUGAGCGUGGGCGUUUCGGCCGGCAAUCAAAGACAGCGCCGAGUCAAGAGGGAAUCUAGUCGCUCGAACCGCAGGGAUUCACCGGCCAAGCGGUAGCGGGUGGCGUACUGCUGCGGCAAGGCUGCCAUAGGAGCAACGACUAGUUCCGCAGUGAUAAGUUCCUGACAAUUUAAUGCCGUGCAAUCGUUGUGUUUGUCUCAAGGAGCAGGAGAAGCUCUAGCAAGAACUCAAGUCAUGGGGCGUAGCCGUGCAGUGACAUGGUCCAAUCGGAUAAGUCUGCCAGAUAAAAGGUAUGCCGACUCGACGCUCAGGCUGUCAGUGCUGCAAGCAAAGACGGCCUGCUAAGUCAACUCGAUCAGAUGUGUUUGUAAAAGAACUGCUUGUAUAUGUAUGCGUGAGGUCCGAUUUACGAGUCUGCGGGCUCGGACCAUGUGCGAUGCAGCG